AGCAGUGUGUGUACAACAGUUGGUCAGCAUAUGUAGCGCACUAGUUUUACAUACUUUGUAGUGUGGUAGUAUACGUUAUCAGACGUAGCCUGUAGUCAAGGCUUGUAGCAUCCAUAUGACGGUUUAUGUUUAUUCAGGAAUAGAGGAAUUACAGGUAGAACAACGAGGAAAACACCAGGCGGUGUUGAGUAGAGGAUAAUUAGGGAUAAAGUGGUUGUUUCUGAUCAAAAGCUGUUUUAUAUUAAAUUAUUAUAGCUUCGCUGAGCACUUUUUCCCUGGCGAAACCGAGAAGGAAGACAAUCCACUUUUUCUCACUUUCAGUGCUGUUGUCAUUUAAUCUUCCUCUCUACUGUACCUCAUGUUAAGGAUGGUGAGUGUAAUGGCUGAGGAGUGACCCAAACGAUCAUCUCCAUCACCACCAGCUUCUCCAUCCCAGGGCCAUGUCUCUGACAACUGUCAAACCUAAUUUCUUCAGUUCAUCCUUAGAGUAUACCCCAGUUUCCGUUCGUACAUUUGUUCCUACUCUUUCCAACCCUGUCAUCAUCAGUUCAGUGGAGAGCAAGACAGUGCAGGACAAUGCAACCUAUAGAGCCACAUUCUCCACCAUUACUGUACCAGCCAAUGAAACCGGCUUCAACUCUACACAGCUCCCUAUUGCAUCGGUGGAUGGUGCUGGCAUAGGCAUGGUCCUCAUGCCCUUUGGCAUAAUCAGUAUUGUCGGGCUGGCUGUUGUUGUGAUGCUGUACAUAAGGAAAAAGAAAAGAUUGGAGAAGUUAAGACACCAGCUGAUGCCCAUGUAUAACUUUGACCCAGCCGAGGAGCAGGAUGACCUGGAACAGGAACUUCUGGACCACGGCCGAGAUGGCAGCCCGGCAGGACCAAAUUCCAAAACUUUAACAGCGGGUCAGGGUGGCGCUCAGGUAGCAAGUCGACUGGUCUUUACGGACGUUGCCGAUGCUAUGAAUGUAUGAUGUCACUCCUGCAACAUAAAUAAAGAUUUCAGAAAACCUCCAAGGACAUCAUGGAGACAACAGAAAUGUUCCAGCUCCAUAUGUUUACACUUGGCUGGAAUCAAAGUUAGCAAUUGUUUGUAGACUAUAAAGGAAGUUCCAAACUAUGUCUAGGAGUCUGGCAAGGUUACGUUACAUUUGCUGUAUUAAAAAGGAAAUGCCAUUUCUGUACAGUUUAUAGGAAAUCCUAUUUAAUUUCUUUCCGUUGACCUUUUUUAAGUCGAUUGUUUCAGACCAUGUUUAACAUUAUAUCCAGUUAUUACAGAUACAUAAAAUGUAUGUUUACAUAUGUGCUUUUCGAAGUGUACUAGUAGUUGCUUUUAAUCUUUGUUCAGAAAUAGUAUUUGCAUGCACUUUUAGAUUCCACAUGUACACAAUCACUACAGCACACAAUUCAAAUGCUCCAGUUAUAUAUAAAUUCAGUUUAGCUUGAUUUUAUUUGUCUAGCUUUUGUAAAGUCUAUGGUAAUGUUAUUAUGUCUAACAAUGGACAUGGUAACGAAGCAGCAGUACAUGGUCCCGACAGGACUUUCACAGACAUUAUUGCAAAAUUAUAUUGCUAUUCAGAGGAGCUUUGCAAUUUUUCAAAUUUCCAGCAGAUUUUCUGUAGAUUCGGGCCAAGAUGUCAUCACAACACACAUUCACUCAAAGCCUCUUCGGCUCUCAUGCAUCCAGGAUGAGCCAUGAGUCUUUACUGGAAUUAGUUUAAAAGAAGAAUCCUGUGCCUUCACUUUCACCAAUUCAAGUAGUUUUCCAUUAAAAAAAUGGCUGCAGUUCUUGCUAUUGGCUGCAAGAAUUACUGAAGAAAACCUUUGGGUGAUGUUGGGUAGUGGGAUUCUAAAUAUUUUUUUGUCUGCAAAUGCACAAGCUGUAUUUUUGAAAGGAUGGUAUAUGAAAGCAUAUUUUCAAUCAUUUUAAUGGAAUAAGCACAGUGCAGUUUUUAUGGUUACACCAGCAGUUGUUAGAAGUACAGGUGAUGUGUAAGGUUUAAUGAUUAACCAUGAAAUCUUCUCUCCAUAAUUGCAAGGCUCAUUUUCAUUACAAUUAGGGGACAUUCUUUCUUCAAGUGUGUAAAAAUAGAGUAGAAGUAGUUGGGAAUACCAUAGCGCAAACCACAGCUUCCCGAACUUUUUACUUCUUAUUUCUCUGCUGUUUGCAUCAUCUUGUUUUUCUCAGGUGCUCUACACUAUACAAAAAUGUUCUUUUGCCUCAACCAUACCCAGAUCUCAAAUGUACACUUUCGAACUAUAUUUAUAGAAAGAGAGGCAAUUCCUAUUAUAUACAAGAUCUCGAUUAUAACAAAGGGAGUAAGGUUAUUUAACCUGAAACGAAGCAUCACUGAGAUCUAUUUUUUACAGUAAAGGUUCCUCAUGACCAUCUUCAAAACUGCGUCAGUGCUACAGACACAGACCAAAAUGAUUUUCAAAGUAACCGUAACAUCAGUUCAUGGCCAUGUUUAAACCAGGGUGAAUAAAAAAAAAAUCAAACAAUCAAAGAUCCACUAAGAGUAACAUGUUAACUAUCAUAAUAGUUUACCAAUCAAUCCCAUCUAUGUAGUUACAUACGUACAGUAUAGGCAAUGUUUGUCUUCAGAAGGAGUUUAAAAUGAAUGGAAAUUAUGGGGCAUUAUUUUCAUGUUUCUAGUACAUUCUUUUGCACUUGCCCUGAAAUGUGCUUCCUUCCUUCUCUUACUCCAGAGUGUGGGUGCUGUGUUUGCUUACUUUCUUGCACAACAAGGAGUGUAAUAGUUAGUUUCAAACAGUUUUUAGAAAAUUCUCUCGAGGGAAAAAGAGAAAAGUCAUUUAUAUGUUAUGUACGUCUGUAUAAGUACUCUUGUGUGUGUGCGUGUGUACAUGCGCUACUAUGGACUAAUUGUCUGUAGCAGUGUUCUACACUCUUCAAAACCAGCAGAAUUACAAAACGUUUGUAAUGUGUGUGACCUGUGAUUAACAUGACUAUAAAUAAAAGCAAAUAAAUGCA